AUCAUUGUCAUAUACACAGCUUCUGGAUUUUUUAGCUUGAAAAAAAAAAAAUGAGCACCAAACCUGAUAUGAUUCAAAAGUGUUUGUGGCUUGAGAUCCUUAUGGGUAUAUUCAUUGCUGGCACCCUAUCCCUGGACUGUAACUUACUGAACGUUCACCUGAGAAGAGUCACCUGGCAAAAUCUGAGACAUCUGAGUAGUAUGAGCAAUUCAUUUCCUGUAGAAUGUUUACGAGAAAACAUAGCUUUUGAGUUGCCCCAAGAGUUUCUGCAAUACACCCAACCUAUGAAGAGGGACAUCAAGAAGGCCUUCUAUGAAAUGUCCCUGCAGGCCUUCAACAUCUUCAGCCAACACACCUUCAAAUAUUGGAAAGAGAGACACCUCAAACAAAUCCAAAUAGGACUUGAUCAGCAAGCAGAGUACCUGAACCAAUGCUUGGAGGAAGAUGAGAAUGAAAAUGAAGACAUGAAAGAAAUGAAAGAGAAUGAGAUGAAACCCUCAGAAGCCAGGGUCCCCCAGCUGAGCAGCCUGGAACUGAGGAGAUAUUUCCACAGGAUAGACAAUUUCCUGAAAGAAAAGAAAUACAGUGACUGUGCCUGGGAGAUUGUCCGAGUGGAAAUCAGAAGAUGUUUGUACUACUUUUACAAAUUUACAGCUCUAUUCAGGAGGAAAUAAGGUAU